GUUGACUACCAGUGAACGAGUAGAGUUUUGUAAGUUUCUGAAAUCAGUUAAGUUUCCCGAUGGAUUUGUUUCCAAUAUAUCGAGAUGUGUGCAUGAAAGAGAGGGGAAAAUAUCAGGACUAAAAAUGCAUGAUUGUCAUGUUUUAUUACAUCGACUGCUACCAAUUGGUAUUCGAGCAUUCUUACCGAAGAACGUAUACACUGCUAUAACCGAAUUAUGUAAUUUUUUCCGUGACUUGUGCGCCCGAACGAUAAGAGUAAGUGAUCUAGACAGAUUGCAAGCAGAUAUCAUAAUCAUACUUUGUAAGUUGGAAAGAAUAUUUCCACCUGCCUUUUUUAGCGUUAUGGUGCACCUUGCCGUUCACUUACCAUAUGAAACGAAGAUUACUGGUCCGAUUUCUUAUAGUUGGAUGUAUCCGAUUGAAAGGAGUCUACGAACGUUAAAGCAGUAUGUUAGAAACAAAGCACGUCUUGAGGGGUCAAUUGCAGAAGGCUAUGUCAUGAAUGAAUCUAGCACCUUUUGUUCACGUUACCUACGUGGUAUAGAGACUCGAUUCACAAGAGAUGAGCGAAAUGAUGAUACCAUUGUAGAGAACGAGGUAAUUGAUGACUUUGAAAUUUUCAAGCAGAAAGUACGACCCUUAGGUGCAUCAAGUGUUCGUGCUAUAUCAGAGGAAGAGAAACGACUCUUCCAUUGGUACAUACUGAAUAAUGCUGACGAAAUAUCAGAGUAUCGCAAGAAACAUUUGAGGCUCCAACGUCGACAUGCUCAAAAUUCUAUGGAUUUGUAUAAAAUACAUGAACGAGCAUUCCCUGAAUGGUUUCGAGCACAGGUGUUAGAACUGCGUCAGUCUGCAAACCUAUCUGAUGAUUUCUUCUCACUAGCGAUGGGACCAUCCUUUGACGUUCGUUGUUAUAAUGGAUGCAUCGUAGGUGGUGUAAGAUUUCACACUAUUGAACUUGAUUCUCGACGAAAUACCCAAAAUAGUGGAAUAAUGGUCAUUGGUGAAAGCGAUUCAAAGAACGACACACAUUGA